UUGUUCUUUAAUUCAUACAUCAAAUUACAAUUACAUGCAAAUCUCUAAGUUGAUUUUCUCAUGAAAAUCUACAAAGCCUAGUGUAAUAAUCUCAGUUAUUGUAAUAAAUUUAAUUACCCACAAUCCCGCUAACUGGACUCAUUAAUCAUGAACAGAACACGUCCUAAAUUGAUUUUCUCAUGAAACCUAUAAAGUCUAGUGCACUUUAACCCACCGGCCACUGUGAGAUGAGUCCACAUUACUGUUUUAUGUUUCGAAGUCUUUGCUCGGAGACUUUUUUUAAUUUCAAAUAGCAUUAUCCUUGCUGGUGGCAAUUCCGUAGAAUUUCAGAUAUUUUUUUGGGUACCUAAUAUUUUUUCGAGUUCGGGUUGGUUCGGUUUGUUCAAUUUAGACAACUACUCAUGAACACCAUCUCAAGGUACUGUUUCAUGUUUCAAAGUCUUGGUUGGGUCAUUUAAAGUAGCAUGAUAAUUCUGUCUCCCAUUAUCCUGGCUAGUGGCGAUUCUUUAUUGUGGUAGUGGAGAGUAAUUUGCAGAAUGUAACUUGAUGACAAUAACAAAUCCAAUAAAAAGAAUUCCAAAGAGAGAGUUUAUCAGAUAUUGUUCAGAGUUAUGCUGAAACUGAAAUCUUCAGAGGCAUCAGCUGAAAACUAUCGUUAUGAUGUGUUUUUGAGUUUCAGUGGUGAAGAUACUCGCAAAACGUUUACGGAUCACCUUUAUAAAGAACUAAAAGAUGAAGGACUCAUCACUUUUAGAGAUGAUGAGGAGAUUGAGAGGGGGGAGAGCAUCAAAUUUGAACUGGAAAAUGGAAUCCAGCAGUCAAGAAGCUGGAUCGUUGUGUUCUCAAAGAAGUAUGCGUUUUCGAGUUGGUGCCUUGACGAACUUGUCAUGAUUCUUGAAUGUAGAAACUCGAAACGUCUUCUAUUACCUAUUUUUUACCAUGUUGAUCCGUCCGAUGUUCGCAAACAAUCUGGUUGUAUAGCUGAAGCAAUAGAUCACCAUGAAGAGAAAUUCAAGAGGGAGGUGGAUGAGACAAAAAGGAAGAAUAUGAUGGACAAAAUUAAGCGAUGGAGGACUGCUCUUACUCAGCUUGCCAAUUUGGCAGGCAUGCCUUUGCAAAACGUAGCCAAUGGGUAUGAAUCAAAACUUAUCAAGAAAAUCGUUAACGUAGUCCAGGAUAAAGUGAAACAUAAGACCUUAAAUGUUACACGACAUCCUGUUGGAAUUGGUCCUUCAGUGCAUGACAUCAAUUUUUGGUUAAGAAAUGGUUCCACCGAUGUGGAAGUGUUUGCACUCUAUGGCAUUGGAGGAGUGGGAAAGACAACCAUUGCCAAAUGCGUCUACAACAUGAACCUCGGACUAUUUGAAGGCCACAGUUUUCUGGAAAACAUAAGAGAAUAUUCUGAACGUUCUGAUGGUUUAGUGUGUCUACAAAGACAACUUCUUUCAGAUAUUUCCAAGGGAAAGACUCUGAAGAUAAAGAAUCUUAAUGAUGGCAUUCUUAAGAUAAAAAGAUCCCUUCAUAAUAGAAAAGUUAUGAUAGUCUUGGAUGAUGUAGAUCACGUUGAACAACUAAAUGCAAUAUCUGGGAUGCGGGAGUGGUUUUAUGAGGGGAGCAAAAUUAUCAUAACCACUCGGAAUGUGCAUUUGCUGAAUGCUUAUGAACAUUGUACGAGAUAUUCUGUAAAAACAUUGAAUUCCGAUGAUUCAUUGGAGUUGUUCAGUUGGCAUGCAUUCCAAGAUAGUCGCCCCCUGGAAUGUUACAUAGAGCACUCAGAGAGGAUAAUAAAGCAAUGCCAAGGUCUUCCUUUAGCUCUUCAGGUUCUAGGUGCUUUUCUACGUGGCAAGAAGGUAGAUGUUUGGAAGAGUGCGAUCGAAAAACUGGAAUUCAUUCCUCACUGUGAUAUCCAGAAGAUUUUGCGAAUUAGUUAUGAUUCUUUGCAAGAUGACCAUGACAGAGAUUUAUUUCUGGAUAUUGCAUGUUUUUUUACUGGAGAGCCCAAGUGUUUUGUGGUUCGAAUACUAGAUGGAUGUGAUUAUUACACAUUAAUUGGAAUUGAAAAUCUUAUUGAUAGAUGUUUGCUGAAGACUGAUGAAUAUAAAAAUCUUAUAAUGCAUCAAUCAAUUCAGAGCAUGGGUAGAGAAAUUAUACGUCAGCAAUCACCAAAAGAUCCAGGGAAAAGGAGUAGACUGUAGCAUUGUAAAAACUCCCUUAAAGUUUUAAAAGAUGAAGCAGGCACCGGAGCAAUUGAAGGCCUGGCACUGGAAAUGAAUGCACCUAAUGCAUAUCCGGCAACUCCAUUACGAGCUUGAGUUUGGUAAACUGCAAUCUAAAUGAUGAUUCUUUUCCUAGAGAUUUCAGUUUUAAACACCCGC